UUCAUUGGAUUCGAUUUAUCGCAUUUCAUGGCGGCCGUGUUACUGAGACGAACUGCAGUCCGUUCUUCUCAUCUGAGAAGGUUCUUCAACUCCAGAAAUAGCAUCGAUGGGGCAGUUGCGGAGCUCAACAAGCUGGCAGGCGAAUGGAAGUGUGGAUGACUGCAAUUCUGUUGGCAAGAUUGUUUGUUGGUUGGGAAGAAAUGAUGAUGACAGUGAUUGGUUCUCAACUAAUCUGUGAUUUGGAUGAAACCCACAUCAGCCAGAAUCAAUAAUCCUGCGAUUUUGCAAAGUACUCUCACAGCCCCAAUUCGACUUUCAAUCCUCACUGCUCCCUACUUGAAUCUUGUUUUCAGGAGAUGGAGUCAAUUUUUGGAAUGCCUCCUUCUGUGGCUAACCAUGGCUCUAGCAGUGACUCACCUAUCGCUCAAGAGCCUCAACCCAUUAUUCUUGACUCGGGUGAAAAUGAACUGGGUCUGACCCAUGUCGAUCGCAGUGGUGGGGCACAGAUGGUGGACAUCUGUGCAAAAGAAGACAGCAAGAGAGUCGCCAUUGCCAGUUGCAGAGUUACUCUAGGAGAGAUGGCAUUCAAUUUGGUUGCAGCCAAUCAAAUAGCAAAAGGGGACGUCCUCAAUGUUGCGAAGAUUGCGGGAAUUAGUGCAGCGAAGCAGACAAGCAAUCUCAUUCCUCUAUGCCACAACAUUAGUCUAACGCACAUCCAUGUUGAUCUAAAGCUGAAUGAGAAGGAUUUUAGUGUUGAUAUCGAAGGGGAGGCUGCAACAACGGGGAAGACAGGUGUAGAGAUGGAAGCAAUGACUGCUGUGACAGUAGCAGGUCUCACGGUGUAUGACAUGUGCAAAGCUGCUUCAAAGGACAUCCAGAUCACAGAUGUGCGCCUAGAGCGCAAGAGUGGAGGGAAGAGUGGGGAAUGGUCUAGAAAGCAGUAGAGUCAUGUCUAAAGAAUUUUGAUGGUGUUUGGUGUAGAAGAAAUGGAAAAGGGAGGGAAAAAAAAUAACAUUGUAAUGCUGGAUUGGGUUUUUGUAUUUCCGGCGGACGCAUGAAUUUUUUCUUUUUUUUUUUAAAAAUGCCCAAUACUUUUCUUUUUUCCCCCCAUAGAUUUCUAUUCUUCCAUUUCUAUCAAUGGAUUUUUGGGGUUUUUGUUAAUGUUUAGAGCAUGUUUGAAA